CGUGAAGCCCUCCAAACGAGCACUCAAGUCAAUACAGCUCAAGUCCUCAAGAAAAACGUUGAAGCCCUCCAAAACGGGCCCUCAGUUCUAGUAGGUGCGAAACCGCGAUCAGCCUUUGCCGCCAUGGGCGGUUGGAGGCAUGCUACACUUUUUCGCACGCUAUACACAACCUCGAAUACUCUUAAGCGAAGUUCCAAUUCUAGGUGUAGAGAAGCUAGAAUCGUAUAAUCAAGAAAAUCAAUAUCCAAAACCGAAAGCCUCUAUUUGUUCUGCCUACGGAAAAGGUUGAUUGAAAAAUGUUCCGAUAACGACCCUUUUUCCCAAUUCCCAUUCGGGCUCCUGAAAAUCUCCGCUAUAUCUCUGUUUUAUGGGUCAUGGCCUCCUCCGCACCUCCGCACUGCUCCAUCACUUCAACCAAAUCCUACCAAAACGACCAUUAUCCCCAAAAUCACCUGCAAAAUCAACACCCAAACCACCAUUGGAGGAGCUCUCACAACUUCUCCCUUGGCUCGUCUUCGCCUGCUACGCGAAAUGCCGCCAAGCCAGGUAAUGCUCCUCUCUCUCGAAGCCCUAAUUUCUCUUCCCUCUCCCCUCUUCCCUCUUCGAAGACCGAGCUUGGUGCCGAUUUCCGUGGCCGGAGGUCAACUCGGUUCGUCUCCAAGAUGUAUUUCGGCCGCCAGAAAGCGGCCACGGGCAGCAGACACACCUCCGUCGCGGAGGAAGUUCUGGAACGGGCAAUUCGCUUCGGCGGAGACGAGCAAACCCUAGAGACUGUUCUUCGAAGCUUUGAGACUAAGCUCUCCGGUUCGGACGACUACACCUUCCUGCUUCGGGAGCUCGGGAAUCGCGGGGAGUGCUCCAAGGCGGUUCGGUGCUUCGAAUUCGCGGUUCAGAGAGAGCACAAGCGGAACGAGCAGGGGAAAUUGGCGAGUGCGAUGAUUAGCACUCUUGGUAGGUUGGGACGGGUUGAUCUUGCAAAAAGUGUGUUCGAGACUGCCAACACCGAGGGAUACGGCAAUACGGUUUAUGCAUUUUCGGCAUUGAUUAGUGCUUAUGGGCGGAAUGGGUUUUGUCAGCAGGCCAUAGAGGUCUUUGAGUCGAUGAAAGCUUCGGGGUUGAAGCCCAACUUGGUCACUUAUAACGCAGUUAUCGAUGCGUGUGGGAAAGGGGGUGUCGACUUUAGUCGGACGGUGGAGUUAUUUGAUGAGAUGGUAAGGAAUGGAGUGCAACCCGAUCGUAUCACUUUCAAUUCCCUCCUUGCUGUUUGUAGUCGUGGUGGGUUGUGGGAGGAAGCGCGGAAUUUGUUCAAUGAGAUGGUUUACAGAGGCAUUGACAGGGACAUUUUUACCUAUAAUACACUUUUAGAUGCAGUUUGUAAAGGUGGGAAGAUGGAUCUGGCUUUUGAGAUUAUGUCCGAGAUGUCUGAGAAGAAUGUGUGUCCCAAUGUAGUGUCUUAUAGUACCAUGAUUGAUGGGUAUGCGAAGGCUGGUAAAUUAGAAGAGGCAUUGAAUCUGUUUAAUGAGAUGAAGUUUGUGGGUAUUGGUUUGGAUAGGGUUUCAUAUAACACCUUGCUCUCAAUUUAUGCGAAGCUUGGGCGCUUUGAGGAAGCUUUGGGCAUCUGCAGGGAGAUGGAAGGUUCGGGGAUCAAAAAAGAUGCUGUCACUUACAAUGCUCUCUUGGGUGGGUAUGGGAAGCAAGGGAAGUAUGACAAAGUUAAAGAAGUAUUUGAAGAGAUGAAAGCAGAAAACGUUACUCCUAAUGUAUUGACUUACUCUACCUUGAUCGAUGCAUACUCAAAAGGGGGUAUGCAUAAAGAUGCAAUGGAUAUUUUUAGAGAGUUUAAGCAGGGAAAAUUGAAGGCUGACGUUGUUUUGUACAGUGCAUUAAUUGAUACCUUAUGCAAGAAUGGACUGGUGGAAUCUGCUGUUGGCUUGCUUGACGAGAUGACAAGAGGAGGGAUCCAGCCUAAUGUUGUUACUUACAAUUCAAUAAUUGAUGCCUUUGGUCGGUCAGCAACUGGACAAUUUCAAGAAGAUGCUGAUGAUGGUGUGAAUGAAUUACAGCCCGAAUCUUUAAUGCAUUUGGAUCUUGAGGAAGCUGUUGAGUGUAAGGUGGGAGACAAAGAAGAGAAUAACCAGGUGAUGAGAGUUUUUGGGCAGCUGGCUGAUGAAAAGGUGCGGUAUUCAAAGGAAGAUACAAAGAGAAAAUCUCAGGAAAUUUUGUGCAUUUUGGGAAUUUUUCAGAAGAUGCAUCAACUGAAAAUAAAACCAAAUGUUGUCACUUUCUCGGCCAUUUUAAAUGCUUGCAGCCGCUGCAAUUCAUUUGAAGAUGCUUCAAUGUUAUUGGAAGAACUCCGGUUGUUUGAUAAUCAGGUGUAUGGUGUUGCACAUGGACUUCUCAUGGGCUGUAGUGAAAAAAUAUGGCUUCAGGCUCAAUCAUUGUUUGAUGAAGUGAAAAGCAUGGACUCUUCAACUGCAUCUGCUUUUUAUAAUGCUCUAACUGACAUGCUAUGGCACUUUGGUCAGAGGCGAGGAGCCCAAUUGGUUGUGCUUGAAGGAAAACGUCGACAUGUAUGGGAGAAUGCAUGGUGUGAUUCAUGCUUGGAUUUGCAUUUGAUGUCAUCUGGAGCUGCUCAAGCAAUGGUGCAUGCAUGGCUCCUCAAUAUACGUUCUAUUGUUUUUCAAGGCCGUGAAUUGCCAAAGUUAGUAAGCAUUUUGACAGGGUGGGGCAAGCACAGUAAAGUAGCUGGUGAUGGCACUCUAAGACGAGUUAUUCAGGCACUACUUGCUGGAAUCGGUGCCCCCUUCCAUGUUGCCAAGUGCAAUCUUGGCCGCUUUAUAUCUUCAGGGGCCGUCGUAGCUGCCUGGUUGAGGGAAUCUGGCACACUGAAGGUCCUCAUUCUUCAUGAUGACAGAAAAUACCCUGAAAGUGUUGGGUUUGGUCGGCCUUCAGAGUUGCAAAUACUCCCAUUGUUGUAGAAGUACUAGUUAGUUCCUUUAAUAACUUUUUUGGUUUUAUGUGUUUAUCCUUGUAAUUUAUACGGGUGAAGUUCCAAAAAGUACACAAUGUCAUGGAUCAAAAAAGUAUUGAUUGUCAUGGCUUCUGAAAUUUUUCCUUACCAUCUGCAUUCCGAAUGAAGGCAGAGUUUUCUCUUA